UGUAAUCUUUUUAAUAGAGGUUUUCAUAUUUGAACUUCUGGAUACAGUAGCCAGUAACUAAUUUAACAUCAGAAAAAGAAGUCAUUAAGUAAAAAAAAAAUUAAUAGACUCUAGUAGGAAAAUAAUGAACGGGGGUAUUUGGAAAUACCAACUGCAUACAUUUUCAAGAGGCAGAAUUGGCCAAGGUGCUCUUUACAAACAUCAUAAACCCAAUGAUUCCAUCCUAAAUUUCCAAUUCAAUUUAACAAAAAACAAAACCUCUAUUUCAGUCACCGUUAUUACAGUUAUCGCAAUAGUGACUUUCUCUUCUACCGAUUUGGUUGACAGAUAAAAAUCUUUAAACUCUGUUACUCUUUCUUGGUUCAAAAUUAUCUGGCUGACUCAGAAAAUACUUAAAGUCACGGAUUUACUGGGGGAAAGCGUGCUAAGCAAAAAUCAAUUUAUUUCAAAGCUGCCAGAAAUCCUGAACCUUUACGUCCACAGCGAAGUUUCAGAGAGCAAAUCAUUGCUGUUUCCUUCUGAGAAUUAAGCUUCUUUGAGAGGCGCAUCUUUAUUCCAUAUCUGUCCAUUGAAAGAGCUCACUUGAAAAAAAGACUGAAGUACAUGCGUGGGCUUCAGCGGGCGAGAGCUUGGUCCCACGAACCGGGGCGAGUCACCUGGGCAGCGUGAGGCGGGGGCGACGCGGGGAGACGCUGGCGAACUCGCAGAGAGGGCAGCGGGUGGAGGGCAAGAGACCGCAGGCGGCGCUCUCCAGGCGGCCGGGCGGGCAGAAGCCCCCAGUCCUCGGGCCCCCGCGCAAGCGACGCCGGGAAAUGCCCACAUCCGGGAAACCUGCAGCGGAGUGCGGCGGCAGCGACACCGAGUGGAAGGCAAAAUGGCGGCGGCGGCGGCGGCCUAGUGCUAAGGGGAGAGCCAGGUCCCCGCGACCCUCGCGACGGGCUGCGCUGGCCUGUGGCAGCCCCCCGGCCUCUCUCCCCGCCCUGCCCCACCGAGGAUACUUGGGGUCCCUGGGAGGGACUCCGGCCGCCUUGGCGCCCGCCCUCCGGCCCGUGGCCGCUGUCCAGGAAUCCCGCACUCCGUUGCUGGUGUUUCAUCACAUAUAGAUGUACUGUGAAUUAAACAAUUACUGAUGGGUAUCUAGAUUGAUGUCGUCUUUUGCUGUCUUUGGUGUUGCAAGAAACGUCCUACAUCUUCGAAUACCUGUCUGUAUAUUUCUUUAAUUGUUCCUCUUAAUCCUUGUUCAAGCCAUAAGGUUUAAUUAUUUAAAUUGUAAAGAAUUUUAACAUUCCUGGGGACUUAUGCAAAGGAUCCUUUUCCGUUUUGCUCAAGAGAAGUCUCUGAAUCUAUUCAGUAGCUCUUAAAGAAGUCCUGUGUGUGGGUUAUACAUAUAGAUGUUUUCAUGAAGAGGAGUGAAAAGCCAGAGGGAUAUAGACAAAUGAGGCCUAAGACCUUUCCUGCCAGUAACUACACUGGCAGCAGCCGGCAAAUGUUGCAAGAAAUUCGGGAAUCCCUUAGGAAUUUAUCGAAACCAUCCGAUGCUGUUAAGGCUGAGCAUAACAUGAGCAAAAUGUCAAUUGAAGAUCCUCGACAAAUCAGAAAUCCACCCAAAUUUGGGACUCAUCAUAAAGCCUUGCUGGAAAUUCGAAACUCUCUACAACCAUUUGCAAAUGAAACAAGUCGAAGUACUUCAGAAGUUAAUCCUCAAAUGCUUCAGGAUUUACAAGCUGCUGGGUUUGAUGAGGAUAUGGUUAUACAGGCUCUUCAGAAAACUAAUAACCGAAGUAUAGAAGCUGCCAUUGAAUUUAUUAGUAAAAUGAGUUACCAGGAUCCUCGACGGGAGCAGAUGGCUGCGGCAGCUGCCAGACCUAUUAAUGCCGGCUUGAAACCAGGGAAUGUGCAACAAUCAGUUAACCGCAAACAAAGUUGGAAAGGUUCUAAAGAAUCCUUAGUUCCUCAGAGACAUGGCCCAGCGCUGGGAGACAGUGCAGCCUAUCGUUCUGAAAGUCCCAGCUCGCAGACAGACGUAGGAAAACCUUUGUCAGGAUCCGGUAUAACAGCCUUUGCUCAAGCUCACCCUAGCAAUGGACAGAGAGUGAACCCCCCACCACCACCUCAAGUAAGGAGUGUCACUCCUCCACCACCUCCAAGAGGCCAGACUCCUCCUCCAAGAGGUACAACUCCACCUCCCCCCUCAUGGGAACCCAACGCUCAAACGAAGCGCUAUUCUGGGAACAUGGAAUACGUCAUCUCCCGAAUCUCUCCUGUUCCACCUGGAGCCUGGCAGGAGGGCUAUCCUCCACCACCUCUUAACGCAUCCCCAAUGAACCCUCCUAAUCAGGGACAGAGAGGCAUUAGUUCUGUUCCUGUUGGCAGACAACCAAUCAUCAUGCAGAGUUCUAACAAGUUUAACUUUCAGCCAGGGAGACCUGGCAUGCAGAAUGGUGGUGGUCAGACUGAUUUUAUGAUCCACCAAAACGUGGUCCCUGCUGGCGCUGUGAACCGGCAGCCACCCCCUCCGUAUCCUCUGACCACAACUAAUGGACAAAGCCCUUCUGCUUUACAGACAGGGGGCUCUGCUGCUCCUUCAUCAUAUGCAAAUGGAAACAUUCCUCAGUCUAUGAUGGUGCCAAAUAGAAAUAGUCAUAACAUGGAGCUUUAUAACAUUAGUGUACCUGGACUGCAAACAACUUGGCCUCAGUCGUCUUCUGCUCCAGCCCAGUCAUCCCCGAGCACCGGGCAUGAAAUCCCUACCUGGCAACCUAACAUACCAGUGAGGUCAAAUUCUUUUAAUAACCCGUUAGGAAACAGAACAAGUCAUUCUGCUAAUUCUCAGCCUUCAGCUACAACAGUCACUGCUAUCACACCAGCUCCAAUUCAACAACCCGUGAAAAGCAUACGUGUAUUAAAACCAGAGCUACAGACUGCCUUAGCACCGACGCACCCGUCUUGGAUACCACAGCCCAUUCAAACUGUUCAACCUAGUCCUUUUUCUGAGGGUACCACUUCAAAUAUGACCGUCAUGCCGCCUGUUGCCGAAGCUCCAAACUAUCAAGGUCCGCCACCACCUUAUCCAAAACAUCUGCUACAUCAAAACCCACCUGUUCCUCCCUAUGAGUCAAUCAAUAAAUCUAACAAAGAGGAUCAGCCGAGCUUGCCCAAGGAAGACGAGGGUGAAAAAAGUUAUGAAAAUGUUGAUAGUGGGGAUAAAGAAAAGAAACAGAUUACAACUUCACCUAUCACUGUUAGGAAGAACAAGAAAGAUGAAGAGCGAAGGGAAUCUCGGAUUCAAAGUUACUCUCCUCAGGCAUUUAAAUUCUUUAUGGAGCAACAUGUAGAAAAUGUACUCAAAUCUCAUCAGCAACGUCUGCAUCGUAAAAAACAAUUAGAGAACGAAAUGAUGCGGGUUGGAUUAUCUCAAGAUGCCCAGGAUCAAAUGAGAAAGAUGCUUUGCCAAAAAGAGUCUAAUUACAUCCGUCUUAAGAGAGCUAAAAUGGACAAGUCUAUGUUUGUGAAGAUAAAGACACUAGGAAUAGGAGCAUUUGGUGAAGUCUGUCUGGCAAGAAAAGUAGAUACUAAGGCAUUGUAUGCGACAAAAACUCUUCGGAAGAAAGAUGUUCUGCUUCGAAAUCAGGUUGCUCAUGUUAAAGCUGAGAGAGAUAUCCUGGCUGAAGCUGACAAUGAAUGGGUAGUUCGUCUAUAUUAUUCAUUCCAAGAUAAGGACAAUUUAUACUUUGUAAUGGACUAUAUUCCUGGGGGUGAUAUGAUGAGCCUAUUAAUUAGAAUGGGCAUCUUUCCAGAAAAUCUGGCUCGAUUCUACAUAGCAGAACUUACCUGUGCAGUAGAAAGUGUUCAUAAAAUGGGUUUUAUCCAUAGAGAUAUUAAACCUGAUAACAUUUUGAUUGAUCGUGACGGUCAUAUUAAAUUGACUGACUUCGGCCUCUGCACUGGCUUCAGAUGGACACACGAUUCUAAGUACUAUCAGAGUGGUGACCAUCCCCGGCAAGACAGCAUGGAUUUCAGUAAUGAAUGGGGUGACCCCUCUAACUGUCGAUGUGGAGACAGACUGAAGCCCCUGGAACGGAGAGCUGCACGCCAGCACCAGCGAUGCCUCGCGCAUUCUUUGGUUGGGACUCCCAAUUAUAUUGCUCCUGAAGUGUUGUUACGAACAGGCUAUACACAGUUAUGUGAUUGGUGGAGUGUUGGUGUAAUUCUUUUUGAAAUGUUGGUGGGACAACCUCCUUUCUUGGCACAAACACCAUUAGAAACACAAAUGAAGGUUAUCAACUGGCAAACAUCUCUUCACAUUCCACCGCAAGCUAAACUGAGUCCUGAAGCCUCUGAUCUUAUUAUUAAACUUUGCCGAGGACCAGAAGAUCGCUUAGGCAAGAAUGGUGCUGAUGAAAUAAAAGCUCAUCCAUUUUUUAAAACAAUUGAUUUCUCCAGUGACCUGAGACAACAGUCGGCUUCAUACAUUCCUAAAAUUACACAUCCAACAGAUACGUCAAAUUUUGAUCCUGUUGAUCCUGAUAAAUUAUGGAGUGAUGAUAAUGAGGAAGAAAAUGUAAAUGACACUCUCAAUGGAUGGUAUAAAAAUGGAAAGCACCCUGAACAUGCUUUCUAUGAAUUUACCUUUCGGAGGUUUUUUGAUGACAACGGCUACCCAUAUAAUUAUCCAAAGCCUAUUGAGUAUGAAUAUAUUAAUUCACAAGGCUCCGAGCAACAGUCAGAUGAAGAUGAUCAGCACACAGGCUCAGAAAUCAAAAAUCGUGAUCUGGUGUAUGUUUAACACACUAGGAAAUAAUUGUCAAUGAGGAUUUACAAAAAGGCCUGAAAUGCAGGGGUUUUUAAGACUCUGAGUAAAAUUAUGCAAAUGUGACAGAGCUGUGUGUGUGUGUGCUCUGUGUACAAUAUUUUCCUAAAUUAUGGGAAAUCCUUUUAAAAUGUUAAUUUAUUCCAGCCUUUUUAAUCAGUAACUUAGAAAAAAAUUGUUAUAAAGUAAAUUAUGAACUGAAUAUUAUAGUCAGUUCUUGGUACUUAAAGUACUUAAAAUAAAAAAAUAGUGCUUUUUUUUAAAAAAGGAGAAGCCUGGUAUCUAUUUGUACAUAUGAUAAAUAAUUUUAAAAGACAAGAGUUUCUGAAAUUUUUUUGAAAGACAGUUUUAGUUUUAUCUUGCUUUAACCAAAUAUGAAAUGUACCCACAUUUACAAAGCUCUCUUUUUUUCCCCAUAACCUUGUUUGUUGGUACAAAAUAAGCUAUAGAAAUUAAGCCAUCAUGGUGGUGAGUGUUCCUAGGCUAAUGAUAAUCUGUGUAAUUCACAUCUUGGAACUAAGAAAUACAGGGUUGAAACAGAACGUUCAUCAGAAGAAAGAAAUGUUUAUCUUUUUUUCCAUCUGGGGAAUAUUUAACCUUCUAGCAUUUGUUUCUCAAGGAUUGCUGGCAUUAAAAGAAGCAAAGCACUACCAUUUUUUUUUCCAUGUUGGUAUUUUUAAUGCUGCUUCCAGUUUUAAAGGGGAACAAAGCUGCCAUAAAUCUAAGCUUCUUCUACUAAAAGCUAAGAUUUUUCAUAUUUUUGCUUCGAAAUUUAAAACAUGAUUUCCAUCAACCUAAGCAGAGAAAUUGUUUUCAGUUUCAUGUGAAACUUUGAUUAAAAAUUAUUUGUGUGUACUCACUAGAGAAGUACUUUUUCUAUAUAGUGACAGUUUUGACUAUGUCAUCAGUAAUGUUACAGGUUUCCUCUUUCAGAACAGUGCUGCCUGCACAGAUUAUUUAUUGGCAAAGGAAAAUCUGGCUGUUUGGCAAUAUAUUACCUAUGGGCAGAUUAAUUGAUGAAAAAGUUAAUUAUUAUUUAACUCUUAAGGUGAACAUUUGUAAUUAGGGAAAGUUACAUAGUGGUCUUAGAAAAUUCAAAUGCCCCUAACUUAUUUAAGGUUAAAUAAUAUGUUUUCCAUCAUUCCUAUUAUAUAGGCUUAGGUUUCAAGGAAGACUUGUGGUUUCAUACCAAAAUACAUUUAAUAAUAGCUUAUCUUUUAGGAAGGGGAAAGGGUUCUAUUCUUUCAUUAGUAAAAUUUGUUUUUUAUUUUUGUUAAGCUUCACUAGUUGGGAAUAGUUUUAUCAAAACAGUACAGAGGGUGCCAAAAAAAUGUAUACACAUUUUAAGAAAGGAAAAAACUAUUAAAAUUGUAAUACUCAAUAUAUACCGAUAACAAAAGAUGAAUACAAGUUAUGUGUACAUUGUUUUGGCACCCCCACUAUAUGUGGAUAAGAGGCAUAAUUUUAGUGAUUUUCAAACUUUUAGCUUUCUUCAUAUGAAAAUUAAUGGAAAUCACAUAUGUAAGUAAAAUUAACUCAAGCUGUUCCAGUUGAAGUAGGGACGGCAAAGACUUACUAGCUCCCACUUCCCACCUUUCUGUAGAUGGCCCUCUCAGAGCUCAGCUUGUAAACCAUUGCACAACCCACUGUGUAAUGGUGGGUCUUCGGGGGUCAUUGGUCCUUUUGGGAAUCUGAUGAAAUCUGUGGGCUCUUCCCAGAAAAAAUGGACACUGACACAUACACAUAAAAUGUGUGCAGUUUUAGGGAUUCUGAACAUGUUGAAACCUAUCAUAAACUCUUGGUUAAGGACCUCUGUCCUAUAAGAACACUAAUAUAUAAAACUAAGUCCUUUGCUUUAAAUUUACUGAUUAGUACACAGAUUAGCACAUUUUGUAUAAACACUGAUAAUUUGUGAUGGAAAAGUUCUGUACCAUGUGAUAAGACAUCCCUAUGAAUGCUUCUCUUGCUGGUACAGCACUAAGACAUUUUAAACACACCCUUUUGAGGGCACUGAAAUAUAUGGCUUGUGACAGGCUUGGUAAAUAUUUCUGAAGGUCUUCUAAUGGGAGAAUUGUAAGAAAAUGCACUAUGAGAUGGCAGUCUUCACUUCAUAAAACAUUUGAUUAGUCCUAUAAAAUUCUAUGCAAAACAAAUCAGUUCAAUAAUUUUUAGCUCAGUCAGUACUCAGAUUUUUUAAGAUAUCCACUUGCUCUUGGGCUUUCUCAGUCAGAUUUAUUUAAAUUUCCAUUUAGUUAUUUUACUUCUGGACUAUGGUGCAAUAUCGUACAAAACCAACUUUGUUACAUUUAUGUUGUAGGGAAACUAAGGUGCUGUCUCCUCCCCUUCCCUCCCCACAAAAUCUGUGUUGCCCUUAUUUCUCAAAUGUAACAGACACUAUAAAUUUUGUAUCCUUUUGAAAUUUCCUCUGACUGUAAGCUUUUUGUGUUUAUCUGAAGCCGUGUACAAGCCUUCAGUAUCUGCAGUUUUAAUAGUUUGUAUAUACUUAUUAGCUAUUUUAUUCCCAAACUAUAUCCAGUUCUUCCAGUGUAGAAUCUGGUGCUUCCUGCCCCAAAAGAUAAGAACACAAAAAUCUAUAUGCUUUCAAUUGAAAUGGAGUGAAAACUUUGGUUAUUCAUGUUUUCUUUUAAAAAUAACUUUCCCACUCAUGAAAAACUUACUGUCUUUCUUAUACUUAUCCCUUUUAUGCAUAUCAAUAGUAUUUAUGAAAUGUUUUCUAUAAUUAUGUUAUUGUAGAUACUGUUAUGUAUUGUCCAGUGAUAUCCUAAGGCAGGCCCUAUUGUAUCUUUUCUACCUUAUUUGUAAUAGAAACUAUAGAAUGUAUGACUAAGAAGUCACUUUGAGAUUGACUUUUUAAAGAAGUGAUUACCUUCUGCUGUUGCAAAGUGCAAAACUGUGAGUGGAAAUGUUUUAUUCUGACUUAAUAUGUUAGAAAUUAGAGAAUACAGUGGGAGGACUUUUAGAUAUUGCUGCUGCUGUUACCUAAGGUACUUUAGAAAAUUGUCUUGAAUAAACAAAAAUAAAAAUCCCUUUGGUAUUUAAAGUGAAACAUUUAGCCUGUUUGUUUUAAUCUAAAACAAAAAGUAAUUUGGGUCAACAUAUUGGUAUAUUUGUAAAGCGCCUUAAUAGACCCCUUUGUGGAAGGCACUACACCAUGGUUUACUUUUAUAUUGUAUUGUGUAUAUAAAGUAUUUUGUAUUAAAAUUGAGUCAAUACAACACUACAGUUUUAUAAAAUAAUGCUUUGUUAGGAAAAGGAAUUACAGCUUUGCAAUAUAACUAAAUUGUUUUGCAUACUUUUGAAUGUAGUAGAUAUGAAUAAUCAACCUGUGUUUUUAAUGAAUCUAUUUGUAUUUUCCCGUUUUAUCUAGUGUAACA